AUGGCCGACCGCCCUAAGCUUUAUCAAUUUACAAACUGCCGUAUACUUCGCGAUCACAAAUUGAUCCGAUCGGAUUUGUGGGUGCGAAAUGGUCGAAUUUUAAAUCCUAAAUUACUCUUUUGGGAUGAAAAGGUCCAAGCCGAUGUGCGCAUUGAUUGUUGUAAUUACAUCAUUUCUCCUGGUUUUAUUGAUGUCCAGAUCAAUGGUGCUUUCGGGAUUGACUUCUCUUCACCAGACAUCGAUAUCAGCCAUGGCUUACGAAUAGUUAGCAAAGGAUUACUACAACAUGGCGUCACGGCCUAUUGCCCUACAAUCGUUACAUCUUCUCCUCAAACGUAUAAGUCAAUCUUACCACGAAUCAAAAAGAGACCGGGUGGCAGUCAUGGUGCUACCGUUUUGGGAGUCCACUUAGAAGGGCCUUAUAUCAACCCUCUGAAACGUGGAGCUCACGAAUGCGAAAUGAUACAUUCUAAAGUUGAAAAUGGAUUGGAAACCUUAUUGAAUACGUAUGGCAGCUUAGAUAAUGUUGUUUUAAUAACAAUAGCACCUGAAAUACCAGGCAUACUCGAUGCUGUUCAAGAACUUGCACAAAAAAAUGUUGUCGUGUCUCUUGGUCAUUCUGCUGCAACACUAUCUCAAGCUGAAACUGCUGUGAACCGUGGUGCUUCGUUUAUUACUCAUUUAUUUAAUGCCAUGGUUCCGUUUCAUCAUCGAGAUCCUGGUUUAAUAGGCUUAAUUGCUAGCAAUAAUGUACCUGCUGGUAAAACUAUUUAUUAUGGUGUUAUUGCCGAUGGUGUUCAUAUACAUGAGUGUGGAUUAAGAGUUGCGCAUAGGAUUAACCCAGCAGGCACUGUUUUAAUAACGGAUGCCAUGGCUGCUAUGGGAUUAAAUGUCAAGAAGUACCAACUAGGCCCUAUGGUUGUUGAGAUUCGUGAUGGCCAUGCAUACUUGGAAUCAACUAAUACCUUAGCGGGUAGCGUUGUAACUAUGGAUUCUUGUGUUAAAUAUUUUCGUCAGGCUUCUGGUUGUACGGUUGUUGAAACUUUAGAAGCUGCAACAUUACAUCCUGCAUUACUGUUAGGCAUCGCAGAUAGUCAAGGUACAUUAAGUUUUGAUACCAACGCCGAUUUUACUGUACUGGAUGAUAACUUGAACGUUAUGUCAACUUGGAUAGCAGGUCGACGUGUAUGGAUGCACGAUGACUGUCAGAUGGUGUUAACAGACUAA